CGUUGCUGUUGCUACCUUUCAUUCAUUUGGGGUAAUGUUAGCUCGGUAGUAGCUGUUUGCUUUUCCUUACACAGUUCAGCGUUGACAUGACUCCGAUAGAUUUCCUUUUAACAAACUAAGAAGAGACAGCUUUGCGUCGACAACUGAGCUGCGUGUAAAGUCUUUGUGUCCAGGAUAAGCUCGGCUUGCCGGCAACGGUCAUGGAUUAUGAACACAAAGCUAAAGCGGUAGCAGACUGCUUGCUGAGCUACAGGAGGGAUGAAUCUGGGUGGAAGGUCUGCAGAAAAUCGAAUGAUGUGGUUGUUUCUUGGCGUCCCUCGUCUGAGUUCCCUGGAAAUGUUUACAAGGGAGAGGGCAUUGUCAGCGGCACCCCUGAGAAGGUAUGGGAAUGUCUCAAACCAGUUCCCAAUGGACUCCGUGUCAAGUGGGACAGCAACGUCAAAAGGUUUGAGCUUCUUGAACAGAUCCAGGAGGAUAUUUCCAUCUGCCGGACAGUCACUCCCUCAGCCGCUAUGGGUAUUAUAGCUCCACGUGACUUUGUAGAUGUUAUUUUAGUUAAGCAAUAUGAAGAUGGGAGCAUUUCAUCUAAUGCGACCAAUGUGAUUCAUCCUAGUUGUCCUCCCCAUCCUGGCUAUGUAAGAGGAUUCAACCACGCCUGUGGCUGCAUUUGUAUUCCCGUCUCAGGGGAGCCCAGCAAAACUCAAGUGUCCAGUUUCUUCCAGACAGACCUGGGAGGCCUCCUUCCGCGCUCUGUGGUUGACUCAUUUUUCCCAUCCAGCAUGACCGAGUUCUACAGCAACCUGGCCAAAGCUGUAAAGUCUCUUAAGGACAUUUGAGACAAAGAGCAACCAAGGUUUCCUCCAGUGUACUAUAAGCCUGGUGGUCUGCCCGGCUUUACUUUCCCCCCCACCAGGCCAACCACUGAUAUUUUUCUUAUUAAAAAAAAAGGAAUUGC